GUUUGUUCUUUUCACAAUAAGUAACAUAACCUGCAAUUGUCAUAAAAAUUUGUUGAGAACACAGCCCAAUCCAAUCCGCACAUUAUUCUCUCAGAAAGGACUUGUAUUUUUGCUGAAAAGAUCAGUGAUAAUCAUGGAUGUAUUAGCGCGUCCAGCAGAGGAAUUCGAUAAUGAUUCUUUGGUCGAGGAAAUGUGGGCAAUGAAGGCAUUCGAGCAUGCCGAAGUUUAUUUCAACCUUCUGUGCAGUGUCGAUCCGAGAGGCCUGCGAUUAACACCGUACGACGACGAAAUUUACACUACAUUCAGACAAGACUUCCCACACAUGGAUGUCAAAUGCAUCGAUGAAAAUGAAAUCAAAAGCGCCGAAGGGAAGGUAAAAUGGCGAUCGUUCAUCGAGAAAUUCAACAAGUUGGACGAUUACAGUUUUGGGUCGUUGAUUCGAACCGAUGCAAGUCGAGAAUUCGGACCGGACAAUUCGAUUUUGGUGAUUCGAAUACAGUUUUGGGCUAUUGAAAUAAGCCGAAAUCGUGAAGGUCUAAACGACUACAUUCGUGAAAAGCAUCGCAAAGAGAAGGGUAGUAGUAGCAGCGACACUAAGAAAGAAUAGAAAAUAAAAUUUGGAUUUUUUUUGUAUAA